AUGGCCAUUCAGAAUGACACGCCUAGCGAGCUUGUUACCAUCGACCAAGAUUACCUUACUCGUGUCCAGCUUCGCCGGGCUAUCCUGGAAGAGAAAGGCUCGGGGGUCCACGGAUUCACACCGGAUGGUGUGGGCGCAGUCGGCGAACUAUACGCAUACUUGUUCGAGAACUACCUGCCCGUCCGUUUCCCCACGGUAUUCCGGCUGUCGAAAGACCGGGCGACACUCACCAACUUGGUCACCAAGAAAUCAUUUGCGGUCUCGCCUCCCAUGGACAGCGCUGAAGCACUGAGAGUUAUUGGCGAAACCAUUGAGGAAGAUGUUUUUCUGCUCCAGGAGACUCCCGAUGGCCACGUUUGCGUCGCCUUUGUUUGCUGCUUCCCAUCGGGAUUUGAUCCGUCAGACAAGCUUGGCAAGAACCUCAAUGAUAUCCAUAAGCCGGUUCCAUCGUACGGUAUCAUUCAAAAUAGCAUGCAGCGAUACCUCAGUCGAUUAGUCACCGGCAAGAGUGUCAAGCGUGUCAACUGGACCGUGCAAACGCACAAGGAGCUAUGUAAUAUAAGUGGAAAUCAUAUUAACAGCGAAGAGGAGGCAGCUUCCAUGCCAAAGGACGUCAAUAUCGAAGAAACCUUCAUGCGCAGCGAACUGCAGCGAUUGACACGACUACCGAAGAGUAAAGCCGUGCUCUUCUCUUUCAAAACCUACUUAUACCCAGUGCAGGAGAUCAAGGAUGAGGGCUUAGGACCGAAGUUUGCGGAGGCAAUCGAGGGGAUGGGCAAAGGCAAUUGUCCCGGAAUGUGGACUUAUAAAGGCGCUGUUAGGUGGAGCGAAAGCGUUUGUCGUUAUCUGAGAUCCUGA